GUUCACCAUAUCAUAAACGUAGCCAGUUACUCUGAUUUAAAAAGUUACGUCGAUAAUGAAAUAUUCAAAAAUAAGUACGAACUAUCAAAGCUUAUAAGUGAUAAAGUCAUCACUAGAUAUUAUCCUCUUCAUGAUAAGUCAAAAAAGAGCUUGGACAUAUCUUUUUAUGAUAAAUCAAAAGAGAAUUUGGACGAACCUUUUCAUGAUAAGUCAAAAGAGAAUUUUGACAAACCUCUCCAUGAUAAGUCAAAAGAGAACUUGAAUAAAGAUCUGACAGCAAAUACGAGAAUAUUUUGGAGAAAGUUGGCAUUGUAUUUUGCAUUUAUGAGUGGAUUUUAUACGAAUUGGUUGAUAAUUCCUUUCAUCGUUGGAGUGAUCAUGUUUAUUUAUGGAUUGAUUGAUGCUUUUAGUCGAGGAGCAGUGUCUUCAAAAGAUAUUGAUGGAAUUCCCUCUAUUGUUGAUAAUGCACUUACCGUUCCUUUUGCGUUAUUUAUAUCAUUGUGGUGCAUGGAAUUUACAAUUUGGGGCCAUGUUGUCAUACUCCUCUAUAUUCACAGUUUUUAA